UUUUAUCAGUCAGGAAAAAUCAACAUUGCUGCUAUCACAUCUCAGAGUUACAUAUUUUUGCCACCAAUGACCUUUCAACAAAACCCUUCUUCUGAACUCUCUGAUGACAUUGUGUACUUCACCGCAAGGUCAACCUUUCUUGCCUCUAUGCAACUUGUCUCUAGUGUGGAAAGAUUCAUCCCAAACUACAAGUGUGACAUCCACAAUAUUCCAGUAGCAGUCAUUGGAGGACCUGAUUCAUAUGUGUGUGCCCAUCUGACACCGACCCUGGCCCUCUACAAGAUUCCACAGCUUACGUAUGGUUCUGCCCCUGUGCUGGAUAACAACGUCCAAGGAGCUUUCAUCCACCAGAUGUUCCCAGAUGAUACCCACCAAUAUAUGGGGAUUCUUCACUUACUUCACUAUUUCAAUUGGACAUGGGUUGGAGUGCUUUACUUUGAUGAUGAGAAUGGACAGACCUUUGUACAAAAUGUGCUUCCCAUCUUUUCAGAGAAGGGCAUCUGCUUUGACUUCAUAAAAGGAUUCCUCAAAGAAGAUUAUUCCAGCAGAAUAGUAAAUCUUUUGGCAGAAGGAAUUAAAAUGUAUGAAAUCGUCAUGAACAGCACUGCUAGUGUGUUUGUUGUACAUGGCAACAUUCAGACACUACUAAUUAUUGGGAUAUUCCUACAGGUAUCAAAAUUUGAAGAUACACCAACAAAGGCAGAAAGGAAAUUAUUGAUUUUGACAGCCCAGGUGGAUUUCACAGAGCAUCCUUUACAAAGGUUUUGGAGCAUCAAUUACCUCCAUGGUGCUAUAUCGGUUGCAGUUCAUUCAAAAGAGGUAUUAGGUUUCCAGAAAUUUCUUCAGACCAGAAACCUGAUUUCAGAAAAAGAUUUAUUUUUCAGGAUGUUCUGGGAAAAUGCAUUUUUAUGUUACUUAGCUAACGUCACUUCAUACUGGAAUUUUGAAAAACUCUGCACAGGGGAGGAGAAGCUGGAGUCUCUUCCUUCUUCUGUUUUCGAAAUGAGCAUGACUGCCCAUAGCUACAACAUCUACAAUGCUGUCUUUGCUGUGGCCCAUGCGCUGCAGUCUAUGGAAUCCUCACAGUCCAAAAAGAGAGUAUUGGUGAAAGGACAAAACUGUGAGAUUCUCAGUCAGCUGCCAUGGCAGCUCCACCAUUUUGUGAAAUAUGUGUCAUUUAACAACAGUGCUGGAGAAAAGAUUUCCUUUGACCAAAAUGGCACUUUAGAAGCUGGAUUUGAUAUUAUCAACUGGAUUACAUUCCCAAAUAAGUCAUUUAUUAGAAUAAAGGUUGGAACAGUGAAUCCACAUGCUCCCCAAGGCAAUGUGUUCACCAUCUCUGAGAAUGACAUCAUGUGGCCUAACAGCUUUAACCAAGUACGUCCUUUUUCUGUUUGUAACGAUAAUUGCCCUGCAGGUUUCAGCAAGAGAAAGAAGGAAGGAAAACCAUUUUGCUGUUAUGAGUGCAUUCCCUGUCAUGAAGGCAUGAUUUCAAAUGAGACAGACAUGGAUGCCUGUUUUGAGUGCCCAGAAGGACAAUAUCCAAACAAUGGUCAGCAUGGAUGCAUUCCAAAGUAUAUCAUCUUCUUGUCUUUCGACGAACCUUUGGGAGUCACUUUGGCCAUUCUUUCCCUCUCCUUUGCUCUCCUCACAGCUUUGGUGCUUGGGAUCUUCAUUAAAUACAAAGACACUGCCAUAGUGAAAGCUAACAACCGCAGUCUGUCCUAUGUUCUACUCAUCUCUCUCCUACUCUCAUUCAGCUGUGCUUUUCUGUUCAUGGGUCAGCCUGAUGAUGUGACAUGCUUCCUGAGACAAAGUGCUUUUGGCUUCACCUUUACAGUAGCCCUAUCAUGUGUCUUGGCCAAAACCAUCACAGUGGUUCUAGCUUUCAAAGCCACUCAGCCAGGGUCCAAAAUGAGGGAAUGGGUGGGCAAACCACUGGCCAAUUCCAUUGUUUUGUCCUGUUCAUUUAUCCAAGCCAUCAUUUAUGUGGUGUGUCUGAUAAGGUCUCCCCCAUUCCCAGAGAUUGACAAGCACUCAAUGGUCAAAGAAAUUGUCCUGGACUGUAGUCAAGGUUCACCUCUUAGGUUCUACAGUGUCUUCAGCUUUAUAAGUUUCUUGACCAUUGUUAGUUUCAUCAUGGCUUUCCUUGCCCGGAAGUUACCUGACAUUUUUAAUGAAGCCAAGUUUAUCACCUUCAGCAUGUUGGCAUUUUGCAGUGUAUGGAUCACCUUUAUUCCAACAUAUUUGAGCACAAAAGGAAAAUAUGCAUCAGCUGUGGAAGUCUUCUCUAUCCUGGCCUCUGCUGCUGGGUUGUUAAUCUUUAUAUUUUCACCCAAAGUCUAUAUUGUUUUACUGAAGCCGGAGCUAAACAACAAGGAGCAGUUAAUAAGGACAAAAUGUCCCAGAAAGUCCCCCAAAAAUGGUCAAAAUGCCCACUAG